AUGAGAACUAUGAGCUUUAUGAAGCGUAGAGUGCAUGCUGACCCCCUCAACCCGGCUCUGCUGUCAUCUGCCAAAGAAUGCGGUCUCGAUAUCCCGGGCGCGGGCGCCUUGCCAAAUGGCCACGCGGAAUUAGAAGACUGGGAGCUGAUGCCGAGGCUGCUUCUCUGCUCGGCGAAGCAUCCGGGUGCCCUGCGCAAGUCCAUCCAAGACCACGAGGCGUAUCCUACUUCUCAUCCUGACUCCCUGCGUCACAUGAGCUUCAACCUCGCCGUCAAGCGAGACCACUUGCCCUACCGGGCCUUCUGCGUCGCCGACGGGCUUGACGACCUGGUUCCGGCAAUUUCUCGCCGUUCUAUUUUCCCGGGGAGCCGAGGACGGCCCAAAGUUGUUUUCAUGUUCACCGGUCAGGGAGAAUUGACGGCAACCGGCAAGAAGAGCAGACUCUCGAAAGCAGAGUUGUCGCAGCCAUGUUGCACAGCCUUGCAGGUGGCUUUGGUCAUUCUUCUGGCCAAGUAUGGGAUACAUCCAGACGCCGUAGUGGGCCAUUCCUCUGGCGAGAUUGCUGCUGCGUUCACGUCAGGUCUCAUCACGGCUAACGAAGCGAUGCUUAUUGCCUAUUACCGAGGGCAGGCCGUGGCCAACCUCGACGUCGUAUCCCACCCCGGUUCUAUGAGCGCUGUUGGGCUCAGUCCUGAAGCUACUGUUCCGUAUCUCGUGCCAGGUGUUGUUUUUUGCUGUGAGAAUAGCCCUUCCAGCACAACCAUCACUGGCGACGCAGCGGCCGUGAAGUCUGUGAUGCAGGCCAUCAAGAAGGAUAACCCUGAUGCACUGGUCCACCACAUGGGAAACAUCUCGUCGGCAUAUCGUGAGCUCUUGAGUGGAAAGAUCUUACCAAAAACUGGAAAUGUUCCCUUCUUCUCGAGCGUCACUGGAGACAUCAUAGUGGAGGGUGGACAGGUCGGUCCGGAGUAUUGGGUCCGCAACCUUGUGUCCCCCGUGCGCUUCUCGACAGCCAUCGCCAAUGUUGUCGAUACUGUGAGCGAGAGAAAGGUAUUCCUGGAGAUUGGGCCCCAUUCUGCCCUCGCUGGACCGCUGCGGCAGAACCUCGACAUGCUGGGAUCUCGUGACUACGAGUACGUGAGCACAUUGACAAGAUGCAACGACUCGCAAGCAGAUGUCAUGAAGUCUGUGGGCAGCCUAUGGCUACAAGGUCUUCCGUUGGCCUACGAGUCCAUCACAGGCCGCGGUCGCACUCUCGUUGACCUCCCCCUGUAUCCUUGGCACUACGAAGAACCUCUUUGGCGUGAGAGCCGACUCUCCAGUGGCUACCGACUAAGGAGAUUCCCACAUCACGACUUGCUUGGGUCUCGUGUGAUCGAGUCAACAGAUGAAUUCCCGUCUUGGCGAAACAUCUUGCGGCCCGACCUUGUCGACUGGUUAUUGCAGUACGAGACAGGUUGCGGUACCAUCUUUCCCACAAUGGGAUACAUAUGCAUGGCUGGAGAAGCUGUUCGUCAGAUGACAUCAAUGCAGUCCGCUGGAUUCACCGUGCGUCAUGUCAAGAUCAAGACAGCUUUGGUACUGAAUCCUGGCCAAGAGGUUGAAGUCAUCACGCAAUUUCGACGUAUGGGCACCGAUCAGUCAACGGAACCAAGUUGGUACGAAUUCUCCGUGUUUUCAGUGGACUCGUCAGAGAGCUGGAUCAAGCACGCAAAAGGCAAGGUUAAUCAAAAAGACACAUUCACGUCUACUACUACGGAACUAUCUACCUGCUACCGCAACCUACGCAAUGUCCUUCUGGCCAAGACCACACCGGGUGUCAAGAUGCUCUUGUCCAUGCUCUUCUCAUCUGGGGACCUUCGUCUGAUCAAAGGCAACGACGACGGACUUGAUACAGGCGGAGCGUCAGUUCGACGGAUUGCCGGAGAUCUGGUGCAGAGGAAGAGGCAGGCGCGCAAGGAAGGCUUGAGCCCCGGCAUUGAUAUCCUUUCCAUCCUGCUGCAGUCAGACGCCUUCAGUGACGAAGAGCUUGUGGACCAGGCCAUGACGCCUUUAAUGGCUAGCCACGAGACCACAGCUGCCUCCAUCACCUGGGCCAUGUACGCGAUGUGCAGGUACCCUGAAGUCCAGACUCGCAUGCGUCAACAGAUUUUCGAAACCUUCCCCUCAUUCGGUUACGACCAAAUGGGUGACGACAACACGAGUGUCAAGGAAAUGAUCGACCGUCUGCCAUAUCUCUCAGCUGUGUGCAACGAAGUCCUGAGGCUCUAUCCUCCAGGGCCACGGACAAUCAGAAUGGCGAUCAAGGACACCACAAUCCUGGGACAACAUGUGCCCAAGGGCACCCCGGUCAUAAUCAGUCCGUGGGCUAUCAACUUCCACACUUCGGGCUAG